CAAAACCACAGCAGUGUUAAACCACAACCACCCCGGAAAAAAACGAAUCUAGAAAACAACACAAAUAGUUAAGCGGAGAAGUAAGCAUCGAGAGCGCUCUUCAAAAAUAAAAAACUGCCCUUUUAAAUUUGUAUCCUUUCAUGACGGGAUAUGUUCUUAUAACCAGAGAAACCUCUCUGCAUUGUUUUAUACCUUGCGCUUACAACCUGUGGCCUCAGACGCUGAAUGUGACUCAUGGCUGAAUGAUUUCCUUGCUGAGGCAGGCCUGGUACGAACCAACAGCCGGAGAGAAACCCGGAGAUGAUCGUUAUUUCUACGCCAUUAAACAAUGGCCCAAGACAUGCAACGCAACGGCUACUCUUUUACCCAGGGACAUGGUACCCUUGUCGGCAUAUAAAUAAGGAACGAGGAUCCAGACCGGUCUUCAGAAAGGCCUGGUACGAACCAACAGCCGGAGAGAAACCCGGAGAUGAUCGUUAUUUCUACGCCAUUAAACAAUGGCCCAAGACAUGCAACGCAACGGCUACUCUUUUACCCCGGGACAUGGUACCCUUGUCGGCAUAUCAAUUAGGGACGAGGAUCCAGACCGGUCUUCAGAAAGAGACAGUGAAGGAUACGCCGCCCUGCACUCGGCGAUUUUAACUUGGGGCCAUCACCUUAGAAUUUGGCCCAAACCAAAUCCUGGAUUCAAGACUACCCUGAGUGACGUUUUUGCCCGGGAUGAGCUCUGCCUCUGCAGACUCUGUGAUCAGGGCGUCAACAUCAACGCUAGGAGUGGCGACAGUAGCAGUCAGACGGCCCUCCACCUGGCUGUUCGCUAUGGGGUGCUGCCUGCAGUAGCCAUCCUGGCCAGCUACGGCGCUGAUGUCAACGCAGAGGACAGUAGUGGGAUGACCCCGCUGCACGUGGCCAGCGGAACUCUCCAGAAAGACAUCGUAUCUAGCCUCAUUAAGCUGGGAGCGGACAUCAACGCUGUAAGCAGAUGGACAGGGAACACCCCCUUGCACCUGGCCACCACGGCUGUAGCCGUACGGGACCACCGAGGCCCGGCGUCCACCGGCCUGGGCUGUGUCGCGGAGCUCCUGCGUCACGGGGCCGACCCCGAUGUGGCCAACCGAGCCGACCUGACGCCCCUGCAGGAGGCCUGCGUCCACGGCCAGGAGGAGCUGGUGGACAUGCUGCUGUCGCACGGCGCCGACCUCAACCGGAGGACCGGCGCGGGCGAGGGCUGCCUCCUCCUGUUCCUGGACCGCCCGGUGAACGUGCGGCGGGCGGGGAGCCUGCUGUCAAAGCUCCUCUGCCUGACCCGACCGUCGGGCCUCUCCGUGCGGGACGCCGGCGGACGCCUGCCCGCCGCGCUGACGAGGCCGUGCUACGCCGCGCAGAGAGGCCGCCUCCUGGCUCUGAGCCGGCGGCCCAAGAGCCUCAAGGACUUGUGCAAGAACCGGGUGUACCUGAGCCCUGCGCACGCCGGCCGAGUGCGGCUGAGGGACGUCCUGCCCGACGCGAUUUUCGAUUUUGUAUUCAACCGCUGGGAAGCUCCCGGCGACGUCUCGUUCAGCAUGGAGGAGGACGACGGCGAGUGCCUCGGAUAGCUGGGCGACAGCCUAACCACUAAAGAACUGCUGUGAAAAACCAUUGCCUACUGAGCCGCCACCGCUGUGCACAUGCAUGAACGCACACGUCUGACUUCCCACCGCAACUUUACUUGUCGUCUUUUUAGGAGUGGGUUUUUUUUUUUCCAGGGAGAGUGUUACCUUGAGGUCUCUGUGCAUCAUUCCCUUGGAGUGAAUGUAUUCCACACCUUCCAGUGUUUUCCGAAGCAAGCAGAGUGUGUGUUCCCCAUCCACCAAGGCAUAGGGACCUGGGGAUGCAAAACCACACACGCACACACACACACAGACAGACACACACACACACGCACACACACACAAACACACAAACAAUUAAAACAUGCUUCUGCACCAACUCAAUUCUCUUGUGCCUGAAAAAGUGGGUCAUGGAAGAGUUCGAGAGUGAGUGAGUGUAUGAGUGAGUGAGUGAUUGACUUGAGGUAUUUGUGCCGUUGAGUUACAUUUUGAGGAGAGCUCCUCUGAAGGCCGAGAAUUCCUUUCCGAUAUCCAGUCCUUCAGAGAUCGCUCACAGAGCUGCAUCUGUAUGUAGAGCAUCAGGUGGAACUGUACCUACACACAAACAGGAACACACACGCCUCCACAUGAAUCCGGAAAUAAAAGAAAAUACUUUCUACUUUUUUUUGAGGAACAGAGAAGAAAGUUUCUCCUCACAAGACCAAAUUGCUUCUCUCAUUUGGUUUUAAAAACAGUAUGCAUUUGGGGAACAGAUAAAUUAUAAAAUAUUUCCAUAUUAUAUGAUAUA